ACCGGGAACACGGCAACAGGUUGGAGUUGUUGAACUUUGUGCACACUGAUGUUUUCGUUUUAUUCUCUUUCACAGAGUCUGACAUAGUUAAAAGGUCUCUGCAGGAUUAGUUAAUGGACAUAAACUGUGGCUGAAUGUAGUGAGAAAAGUUAUUUGACUUGUUUUUGUUAUUUUGGCCAAGUAGAGCAUCCUUAAGCGCUCAGGUGAACAUCAGGGUUUUUUUAUUUAUAAAGUUCUUUAUAAAUACAGCUUCUGAAACGCUCUUAUAAGCAAAUUGGAUGCACUGAGGGGACCAUCUGCAUUAAACAAUCAGUUCUGACCAAAAAGCCCAGCAAACAUUUCUCCAGUGAAGCAUCAUAACAGGUUUAAGUGCCACUGACUUCUGUGGCUCUUCGGGAUGCUUUCCGCGGCUCUCCUUCUAACAGCGCUCUGCGUUUUUGCGCAUCCGGACGCUUUUACGCACGGGUGCCAGCUCCCCUCCGAGUGGCGGCCGCUGAGCGAGGGCUGCCGGGCGGAGCUGGCGGAAAUCAUCGUGUACGCCCGGGUCCUGGCGAUCCACAGGGAGCCUCUGGGCGGCGGGGCGGGCAGCCUGUACAACUCGCUGCCCUUCGGGUUCGGGUAUGGGUACGAGGGCGCGGAGGAAGGGCUGCUGUACUCGGCAGAGGUGGAGCUGCUGUGCGACCAGGCCUGGGGCAGCAUGCUGGAGGUACCCACUGGAUCCAGGCUGAACCUGACCGGGUUAGGGUACCUGUCUUGCCAGUCCCACACCGUGAUGGAGAACUACUCCUACUUUUUCUUCCUCAGGAUGAAUGAGAACUACAACAUCCUCCCCCAUGGCGUCAACUUCCAGGACGCCAUCUUUCCCGACACGACUGAGAACAGGCGCGUGUUCUCCAGCCUCUUCCAGUUCUCCAACUGCACCCAGGGGAGCCAGCCAUUCCACUCCUUCACCCCUGAGUGGGACACACAGGAGGACAGCAGGCUGCUGUGUUCCUCAGUGCAGGCGGCCCUGUUUGAAGAGGAGGAGCGAAGCCGCACGCUGCAGGAUCGCCUGGCCGCAGCAGAGAGGAGGAACCGGCAGCUGAAGGAGCGCGUUCGCAAGGUGAAGCGUUCCCUGAGGAACGCACGCAAGGCCACGCGCAAGGCUGAGCAGGAGGUGCAGGAGCUGCAAGAGAAGCUGAAGGCCGCAGAGUGGAGAGAGGGGCACCACCUCAAUGCCAUAACGCAGGAGGAGCCUCCACCUGGGCGUUAUGCAAGCACAGCAAUGCGCCAACAAAUGCAACUCUAACUAAUCCUACCUGCCCCAACCUGCCACCCACUUGGACUGAAAACCGGCUGUGGAGAGUGAGAGACUGCUGGGCGGUCUCUGAGCAAGGAACAAACAAAUAGCAACUGUUACAUAUGAGUAAACACACUUUUAAAAAUAAUAAUCGACAUAGUUUUGUUGUAAGUAAAGUGCUCUUUCUCUCCUUCUCUGUCCCUGAUUGCAAAAACACAACAGGGAGGGUCAGGAUGACUUCUGGUCACCUGACAAAAGAACAAAAAUGUUUCCUAAAAGAUAAUCAAUCAUCUGUUUGCCCCGAUAAUUCGUCUUGCAGGUGGAGCCGUACUGUAGCUCAGCUGCCUCCCUGACUGGAUCCAGUCAGUGCUUUUCUCAGGCCGUGAUCACAUCGGAUGUGUUUUUGCUCCAACACAAAGCACAACUGUGAGCUUUCCCAAACUAAAGUAAGAGAAGUGAAUGCUUUAAAACAAAAAAUAACCAAAGAAAGUAUUUAGUAUAGGUCUGUUUCUGCAGAUUUAUGCAAUUUAGUUAAAUCUUCUGGCAACUUGGGUGCAAUAGAAACAAGCUGUAAGCACAACAGUUACACAUCAUCAGUUUUUAAAGUGACACAGCUGACUGGUUGCUUACACAUCCAGCAGACAUUAAACAACAUUAGCAUUGAUUUGGAGUUUUGUUUCUGGCCACCACAUGAAUAUAAGUCCACUAUUUACUCUCGUUUUAGCUCUAAUUUGCUUGCACCCCCAACUACUGAGGGAAAUAUCCUAUCACUAAAUGAUCCACUACCUAUAACUGUACAGUAUCUAUCUACUGUCAGGUAUUGGGUCGGUGGGGUACAGUGGAUUUUUAGUGCUAUUUACUGAAAAACAGCUACUGCGUCUGAAAAUAGUGCCGCCGAUGAGAAGAGUGAAAAGAAACCAAAAAAAAAAACAAAACCAAAAAACAAUGGAGCACUGAUAAGAGACGUUACAUUUAUACUGUGAUUAAUCAACUUUUACUUCAAAUUAAAUUUCGAGCUGAGAGCGUUAUGUCAGUGAACAAGAAUUCUGGGAUGAUUGAGAUGGUUCAUUUAUUAUUAAUUCGAGUCUGGAUCAUCAGCUCGUGCGUGAAUAUUUUUGUAUGAAUGUUUUUCUGCUUAUAAAAUUGAAGUUGGACGAA